UUAAGCUCCUUAGUUUUAUUUCUGACUUCAGCAAAGAUGAGUCACGGAGACCGUUACACCUCGUCGUCCUACCGGAAGAUUUUCGGGGAUUCUCCCAAGUUCCCCGUGGCCUCCUCCCGCAUGGGCAGCGCCUCUCACCGGGCUCCCCGGGGCUCCGGGCCAUGGCUGGCUCCCGCAACUGCGGGUCCUCCCUGAGCCUGUACAGACGGAUCGGCCGCUCCACCUCUUACUCUCCGGUACCCAGUGACUCCCUUGACUUGACCCAGACCUCCGUGGUCAACAAUGAAUUCAAAGUUAUUAGAACUAACGAGAAGGAGCAGCUGCAGGGCCUGAACGACCGCUUCGCCGUCUUCAUUGAUAAAGUGCGCCACCUGGAGCAGCAGAACAAGGUGCUGGAGGUGGAGCUGGUGGCGCUGCGGCAGAAGCAGGGCGAGCCGUCCCGCGUGGCUCACCUCUACCAGCAGGAGCUGAUAGAACUACGCUCGCAGGUGGAUGAGCUGAGCCGGGACAAGAACCGCAUCCUGAUAGAAAGGAACAACAUGGAGGACGAGCUGCAGUCUCUGCGAAGGGUUUUCUACCAGCUUCUCUACGUGAUCCUGAUGAUGAAUAAAGGCAAACAGGGGAAGCCCUCCCUCCUCGUACCCAGCCAAGCCAUCCUUUCCACCCGGGACCAGGCCAUCCAUUUUGUUUGUCAUCUUGUAGAUGAGCUGAAAGACCUGGCGCUGCCUUUCCUGCAUAUCCUCCUGCAGCAUAUCUGCUUCCAGAUGGUGGAGAAGAGUGAGUUUCGAAGCCAUGGAGCCCAGGCUGUGGGUAUGCUGACGUCUCAGAUGGCAAGUACAGACUAUGCCUGCUUCAUCAAGUGGCUGUUUAACUACUCCAGACACUCAAAGAUGGUGUGCCGGCUGUUUUCCGUGGAUGUGGUGAUGGUUUUGCUGGAGCAGCCAGAGAGGAGGCCGGAAGAGUGUCUGGACCCAGAGCUCACCUGCUUCCUGCCACACAAGUUCUUGAUCCAGAGCCUGCUGUUUGCUCGGCGGAUGGACGACUCGCCCACUGUUCAAGGCCACGCCCUCGCCUGCCUGGCCCAGUGUCUGGAGCUGCCUUCUUUCAACGUCACGCGGGCUGUCCACAACCUCUUCUCUGCUACUGGAACCCAGACAGUACUGGAAGGUGAAAUUACAGAAGGAGGUUCCCAGAACAGUCAGAAAACCUACCGCACUCUGCCGUUCAGGACUGUGGAGAUGAGCACCACUGACGUCUCCGACUGUGACGCAAAAGAGAACCUGGCUCUUCUCCUGAAGCGUGUAAAAGAUUUGAAGACUAACGUGAGAAAAUCAGCAUUGCAGGCCCUUGUGGGUCUCCUGAAACACAACGUAAUCCCCAUGAGCUGGGAGAACCUGGCUAUACUGUCAGAGCGGUGCAGAGACCCAGCUGUUUCUGUGAAGAAGAAGGCCCUGCAGUGUAUAGGAGAGCUGCUGACUGCUAAACCAGAGUGCAGUGUGGUGCAGAAGGCAUGGCUUCAGGGCGUGGUGCCAGCUGUGGUAGACUCUGAAAACUCUGUGCAGGACAAGGCCCUGGAGGCUCUGGACCAAGUUCUGCUAAGCCAGGUCAAACCGUACUCUGCCAGUCGCCACCUGGAUGCCAGUCAGAGGCUGACCUGGGACCUGCUAGCCCUGCUCUGUCAUGACUGCCAGAACCUCAGCCGGUAUUUCAGCAGGGCCUUCACCAUCUGGUCCAAAGAGAACAAGUUCACACAGACUUUCAUCACUAACCUGAUCUCACACACUGACGCCGAUCACGCCGCCGGGGCCUGGUUGCUGCUCUCCAAGGUUGUUGCUUCGUCCCCCAGACUGCCCUAUGGGAAGAUCCUGGAUGCCUGGGACAGCAUGGUCAGUUCAAAGGAUGUAAAUGUGACAACCUGCUGUCAUAUCCUGUGUGUGAUGGGAGACAUCGCCAAACAUUUGAACAAAGAUACCAAGAGCAGAAUAGUUAAUGAUCUGAUGUCUUGGUUGAAGACUUUUACUUUGUCUCUGGAGGUGAUCUGUGCUGCUCUAGUGACUCUUUAUCAAUAUGGCCGCAGUGAAAACAUCAAAGAGACUCAGGCUUUCCUGAACCACCACUGUGGUGAGCUGGUGUCGGUCUGCGAGGCCUAUUUAGCUGGCAUCAUCCUGAGUGAAAACGGAGCCCAGAACCUCAAUGAGGAGCUGAUGGUAAAACACCUCCACACUCUGGGUGUGGCGUCACUUCACUGUCCUGCCAAGGUUGGCAAGAGGACGGUGCUGCUGGUGGAAUCUGUCCUCACAACACAUUCUGACAAACUGGCAGAGUGCGGGGAUGAGCUGCCAGCAUCACUGCCUCUGUCCCAGUUCAAAGCUAACUCUCUACCAACCAGAGUCCGAGCUCACGGAGUCAUUGCUUUAGGUAAACUGUGUCUGCAGCAUGAGGAUCUCGUCCAAAAGUACCUGCCGGUGUUUGCCAGAGAACUUGAGGUUGGGACAGAGGUUGCCGUGCGCAACAAUGUGGUUGUGAUCAUGUGUGACCUGUGUGUUCGAUACACCAACAUCGUGGAUCAUUAUAUCCCCAACAUCUCUGGUUGUCUGCGGGACAAUGAGGCUGUCAUCAGGGAGCAGACCCUCAUCAUGCUGACCAACCUGCUCCAGGAGGAAUUCGUCAAAUGGAAGGGCUCCCUCUUCUUUCGCUUCAUGGUGGCGCUGGUUGACCCAGUCCCUGCCAUCGCCAGUCUGUGUGAAUACUGCCUGGUCCACCUGCUGCUGAAGAAGAACUCCGAAAUGUUCAGCCAGCACUUCAUCGAGUGCAUCUUUCACUUCAACUCCUACAACAAACACAAGUCCUACAACAAGUUCCCUCAAAGUGAGAGAGAAAAGGCUCAAUUUUCGCUGAAAGGAGCUCAGCACCGCGAGAAGCGUUUUCGGAUCUACCGCUUUCUUUUGGAGCACUUCACGGACACCCAGCGCUUCAACGUCACUAUCAAGAUCAACCAGACCGUUUUAGCAUGCUUUGCGGACGAGGAGCUUCCUUUGGAUGCAGACGGGGCUGAAAUUUUAUCUGAGACCUUCAACAUCUUGAGUCUGAACGAGAUGAAGCUGCAGGCUGUAUCUGCUCCAGCAGGGGGUGCUUCAGGGGAGGAACCCGAGGAGGAGAACAUGGCCACUAUGGCUAAGGUUGUCCUGCAGGCUGCACAGAAGAAGGUGGUGUCGCAGGUCCAGAAGAAGGCCUUCAUAGAGAACACAGUUCCUCUCAUCAUCAGCCUGAAGAGCCUGCUGGAGCAGAAACGCUCUCCUGUGCUCCGAGACCUCAUGUCCUACCUUCAGGUGACCAUGCAAGAACAUCAUAACAAGGUAAAGGACUUUUUCCCUGGAGAUGAGCAGCUGGCAGUUGAGGUGGAGUUUGCUCUGAAGAUGGCUGAGAAGGAGAAAGAGAUGGAGAAGCAGAUGGACAACUGCAGCUUGACAGGAGACGCCAGGCCUCCAACUACACAGUGUUCAGUCCAGGGCUCUCCCAUCAGGUCCAGGCCCCUCCUCCCCUUUACCUUUGCCACACCACAGCUGCUACGUCCACACCCCAUGUCUGCCAGGCUGGUACAGACUGACAGGCGUGUGCACGGAUCCAGGCAGGAGGAACAUGUUCAGUCAAUCGCUCUGGAACGAACAGUGAUGCCCAAAGGAGCUGUGAAUGACAGAGCCAUCAGCACACCAAAAGGUGUCAACGUCAAUUUAACUUUUGAUGAAGGAUUCAGCGCAAUCUUCAGUGACAAAGGAACAAGUCUUGUCGGGGAGACCAGUCUUCUUCACGUGAGGUCAAAUGAGCAGCAGUAAGUACACUCACUACUUAUUUAAUGGCUUCCACACUGUCCAGUUGUAGUUCUUCAAACACUUUUGAAUGUAGUUUAAAAUGGUAUAUUAAACAUUUGUAAAGCCAUCCUUAAAAGGAAAAUAUGAAUAUGUCUACUAGUACUCUAGUGACUGAGUCGGGCUAACGCACAUUUUGACGGCAUCACCUAGAUCAUCGGGUGCGAAAACUAACCAAUCAGAGCCUAACUCUCCAUCCCUGCUGCGUUCAAGCAAUCCUAACAAAAUCAUAACAGAAUGAAACAAGCACUGAAGAAAUUGGCAUUUUUACAUUGGCAUAUUAUGUAACGUUAAAUAUUCUCUUAUCUACACAUAUUGGAAAUUGAGAUAAAGACAAUAUUUGUUAACAGAUUAUGAAGUAAAGUUUUAUUUCAGAAUUGUUUUUUAAACCCCAAAUAAGUCCCGGGUCAGUUUGACCCGAGGGACCCGAGAGGGUCCCGAACGUGAAGACAACACACGGGUUAAAGGGUUGGUUCACCCAAAUUACAAACAAAAUAUAUACCAAAUAUAUUUUUUCUCUCUCCAGUGGUAUCUCUCCAUGCAAGUAGUUCUGGU